GAAUCAAAAUAUAUCAAUUUGGAUAUUUUUGUAUACGAAGAAAUUAAAAAUGGAUUUAUUUCCAACGACACGAAUGAAAAAAUGUUUUCCUAAACGCUGCUGUGUUUCCGGUUGCAAAACGAAGGUGUACGAUGAAAAUAAGGUCAACAAAUUACUGUUCCGCUUUGUUCAAUGGCCUAAAUCCCGGAUGACAGAAUCACGCAAGGAUCUGGUCAAAAAACGAUUCUGGUUGUGGAUCAACGUACUCGGUCAGAAUCCUCGUCGUGCUGAAUCCUUAUGGGUUUGCCAUGUACAUUUCGUUACCGGUCGACCAGCUGCCCCUUCCCACCAUUGGGAAAUUGAUUGGGUACCAAACCAAAACCUGCACAGCAAAACGAGGAUAAAUGAUGUCUUGAAUGAUUCAUUCAACAGAACUCUCGAGUUGACACUUAACGACGUUCCUACGGAAAACACUUUUACUCCCGAAGUCGAACCUCCGGAAAGUGAAGCUUGUCAUCCCUCUCUAGACCCUGAUCUCGAAGGUCCUUUUUGUCGCUUUUGUUUUAGAAAGAACGUCAAUAUGCGACCCCUGUUUCCAUUGCCAGGAUUUGACGAGAAUCAUUUGAUAAGGGUAGUAGAGGAGGUGACGUGCAUCCGAUUGGAAUUUGCAGCUGAUUACAACAGUUUCAUAUGUCAUGAUUGCCAGCAAAGGAUGGAAGAAUUCUUCGGAUAUCGAAAAAUGUGGCAAGCGAAUGAUUUACUGCUAAGAGCAUUUCGAGAAAAACACAGUUUCGUUGAACCAACUCCAAUCGUAGUGAUACCUAUUGAACGUUUGAUGGAAGAUCCAAGUGAGGAAACUAAUCCUCUAGAAGCUCUGCCAUGUUCGAAAGAAAAUUGUGAACUGGCGGAACAAAAACCAGAUACGCAUGAACAGCAAAACUAUCUAGAGGAUGAACAACCGGAACAAAAUGUGCCUAUAGAUCUAGAAGAUACGAAGCAGCCUUUUGAGGAGAUAUCUAUAAUGGAAACAACAUUAGUUAGUGAUUCUAGCUUUACUGCACCUAGUGUAAAGAAAGAAUCACAAGAAGGCCCAGGAGUCAAUUGUACAGAAUUGAAGGAAAAAGAUAGGCUGAUCAAAAAGCUGAUGAGGAAAGUUCGACGUGAGACAUUAUCGCCAAAGAAAAGGAAGUCGAAGGAUAAUUCCAGGCGCAGUAAGAAACACACAUCAAAACAAAGCUUUCGAGCUCCAAACGAUCACCAGGACCUAGACAAAGGGUAGCAAUAAAAAUUAGGAUUGAUUUUACAGCAUCUUUUAUGAAUCAUUCGAAUUUCCUGUUGGGUAACUGCACUUUGU